AUGGUUUAUUCACUACCUGACGUGGCGGUUCCGUUCAAGAUCAACUUUCCGGAUGAAGAUUACUCACAACUUCAACAGCUUCUUCGUACUUCCCGCAUUGGACCUGCGACCUGGGAGAGCCUGCAUACAGAUGGCCGCUAUGGCAUUCCUCAUGACUGGCUCACCUGGGUGAAACAUUACUGGUUGACUAAAUUCGACUGGCGUGCACAGGAACAGCGCAUCAACUCAUUCUCUAAUUUCAAAGUCAGGGUCAAGGACCAGACAGGCGAUGUAGACUUACAUUUUAUUGCGCUGCUAUCCGCCAAGGAGGAGGCAAUUCCACUCGUCUUGCUGCACGGCUGGCCCGGGAGCUUUCUCGAGUUUCUGCCAAUGCUCCAGCUUAUACGAGACAAGUACACUGCAGCUACGCUUCCUUUUCAUGUCAUCGUUCCCUCUCUGCCAGGCUACACCCUCAGCUCUGGCCCUCCGCAAGAUCAUGCUUGGGUCGGCGAAGAUGCUGCCCGAAUCAUACACAACGGGUUACAGAUGCUGAACUUCCCUCGGUACGUUGUGCAGGGUGGGGAUGUUGGGUGCCUCAUCGCUUCCAUCCUCGCAGACAAAUAUGCCUCCGCAGUCGGGGUCCAUUUGAACCUUCUGCCCACCGUAGAUCAAGUCGAGCCGACCAACCCGGAUCUGACUGACUGGGAACAAAAAGCGAUCGAGGAAAGCUUACAUCGCUUUGCAGCGCCCACAUCAGGUGCCGCCAUCAUGAAUAGUACGCGGCCAUCCACAAUUGCAGCCAUCGUGUCAUCGAAUCCUUUGGCAUAUCUCGCCUGGAUCGGGGAAAAGUUCCUUGAAUGGCCCGAACAUCCCUGUGCCGUUGAUCACAUCCUAGCAAAUGUUACCCUGUACUGGCUCACCGGAUCUUUGCCGCGUUGCGCCUACACUUAUCGUCAUACGUUUAUGUGUGGGCCCACUCCCGGGUUUCCGUCAUUCUUUGACAAGCCUUUCGGUUAUUCAUGGUUUAGGAAAGAGCUCAUGUCGGCGCCCAAGAAGCUCGUGGAAAAAAAGGGUCAACUUGUGUUUUAUCGACAACACGAUCAUGGUGGGCACUUCGCAGCGAUGGAGCGGCCUGAGGACUUUCUAGUAGAUAUGGAGGAUUUUAUGAAGAUAAUAUCGGACAGGCUUGGUUUAUAAAUAACAGUCGUUGGUAAACUGAUUAUGACCUGAAGCCGAGUUCGGUAUAUAAUAUGAUCUGCCGCUUUGGUAUUCUGAUCUGCUUGAGGACCGAGACGGUAACGGCAUCAACAUGCACGGCAAGCACUCUUCUGAUAGGUUUCUCUGGCUCGAAAGGUGGUCAAGUAAGCUUGGCCUUUAAUUACAGCAUCUCUGGGCAUUGACGUACCCACAGGGCCACACGUCUAACCUAGGCAAUUCUGGUCUUCUUUCACGGGCCGUAGCCACGAGGCCUGACGGGCACCUUGUACGUGGCGAUACAGGUUAUGUAAAGUAUUUUGCGUCCUGGAACGCCCAGUACCAUGCAAUACAAGAACCAGUAACAGGGGCUUUCGGAACCUCUUACAUACGUGGCUUUAGCGUGUUUCAUCUGAGGGUACCUGAAAGUAUACACGAGUAUAAACAUUGGCGCCGGUAUUGCAUCCAGUUGUAUACUUACCAAAGUUUACGGAAGAUUAAAGACGACAUACAUGUCUCAAACUAAACAUCUUAAUCUCUGACAUAAAAUAAGCAGUAUAUCCGAUAAAGUUGA